AAAAAGAUGUGGUGACUACGUUCUCACAGAAACAGCAUCAUUCGCGGUCCGCAAACAACGCUGGUCCAACUGGCUAUCAAACCGGCUACCGUAUCUCCCGGUCACCUUCCUUUCUCUUUAAUACAGGAGAGAAGCAGACCCUCCUCAGCUCGCUCUCUCUCCCUACCUCCCUCUAUCGAGUCUCCAAUCUCCCUCCCAACACCCAACUUCUCAAUCUCUCGCACGAAGAGAAUUGAAAAGUAAUCAUUUUUCGAGUUAAAUCAGAAUUCUUCUUUGUGGGCGUUAAAGAUUAUAAGGCCAUUUGAAUUGGAGUACUGAUUGGUCUAAGUCAGUGGGGGAGGAGGAGAGGGAGAUAUAUAGCAGCAGAUGAAGGAUCAUUCAUCAACGACAACAUCGUCGUCCCUAAUGGAGAGUUUGCUCGGACUCCUCAGAAUCCGGGUCAAGCGUGGCGUCAAUCUCGCCGUCCGCGACGUCUGUAGCAGCGAUCCAUACGUUGUCGUCAAGAUGGCCAAACAGAAACUGAAGACACGUGUUAUUAAGAAGGACGUUAAUCCUGAGUGGAAUGAAGAUCUAACUCUUUCUGUUACUGACCCUAAUCUUCCAGUAAAGCUGACUGUUUAUGACCAUGACACAUUCAGCAAAGAUGACAAAAUGGGAGAUGCUGAGUUUGACAUCAAAGCAUACAUAGAUGCCUUGAGGAUGAAUUUGCAAGGCCUCCCAAGUGGCACCAUAAUCUCAAGAGUACAGCCAUGCAGGCAAAACUCUCUCGCUGAAGAGAGCUGCAUAGUGUGGAACGAGGGCAAGGUAGUCCAAGAUCUCUGCCUCAGAUUGAGAAAUGUGGAAUGUGGGGAAGUGGAAAUCCAAUUGCAAUGGAUUGAUCUUCCUGGUUCAAAGGGUUUAGAAAGUAUGUGACUGCUCCUUAAUGCAAAGUUUAUGGGCUGGCCUUAAAGCUUCUACAACCCUGCGUCGGGUGAGCUUCACAGUUCAUAGAAGUGUAAUGAAGUGACCUUGUAUUGGUCUUACUGUUACCCAAAUUAAUAUUUUGUAUGUUGCACAAUCAUCAUCUGCCCACUUAGCAGGUAUUUCGAUAUAGUAUUUACAAAUUUUCAGUAAAAAAUGAGAUAAAGCUCAUGAAGAAACAUGUUCAA